AUGUUAUUAUCUAGAUAUAUGAAUAAGCCCUCAGAUAACAGUGCCCAAAACAAGCCGAGGUUUGUACUAGGAUGUUUUUCUGUACUUCAGAGCAUUCUGGUUAGUGGAUACGGCACAGCACUAGAUACUUUAAUUGGUCUCACCACUACCGACAAACCCUAUCGCGUCAAAUCAAUUAAGUAUUGGGUAUUGGGAGUGUGUGCCUUACUAGUACUGUUUAAUAGUGUUAGUGGGUCAAACUGGUCAGGCGAAUCAGACGUAUUAAGUGAGUCUAGUGCUGAUACUGGUUAUUAUGAAUACGAUAAACAUCUUGAAGCAAAUGGGCUAAGUGAAUCUAGUGAAUCCAGUGAAUCCAGUGAAUAUAAUGCGUCUAGUGAAGAUAGUGGGGAUAGUGGCUGGUAUAGGUUUGAGGAUAAUGCGUUACAGAUAAAAUCCCAAGUAGGGCCUUUAGAGGCGAGUGAUGUUAUUGAACUCCUGGAAACACUCGGGUUUGACUUUGGAAAGCAGCGGGCCAUAAAAAUCAGUCGAUACCAUUUUAACCAAUUCAAUCCAACCAUCUCUAAUUCUAAUACCAACGCAAGCUUAUCCAUAGAUUCCGACAACCUUCCUGAAUACGUAAUAGAAGAUUUAGGGACGCAGAUUGGUUUCUCUCUACCACACUAUUCAACUAUAGAGGAGGCUCAGGAUGCUUUGAACAAACUAAGAAAGAUUGCUGUGAUUAGAACGAACACUGCGUAUAUUACAUGCUUUGCAAGCUAUGAACCGCGCAAGUCAAUAACGAUGCAAAUUCUCACUCGAGUGGUUCACGUAUUCGACUGUGUGAGGCUUCAUCCCUGCUUUGAUGCGAUCCAGGAACAGCCCUGGGGGUCGACUGAGAUCGAUACAGAAGCUUGCUGGGAAGAAGCGAUGAACACAAUUGGCCAUGCCAAGUAUGAAUCCGAGUUCCAACUAGAGUUUGUAACUUCAGAAAAGCGGUUUAUUCAGGAUUGGAUAUGCAGCGGGAUUGUCAUUCUCCGGCCAAUUUUCGGGGUUUGUUUAGGCGAAUAUGAGUAUUAUACAACAUCACUCCUUAGCCAAUUGCAGUUUGUCAACGACUAUAUCAUUUCUUUUGAGCGUUUACCUAAUGAGGCAAACAUGGACUUAAGUUUCCUGGCAACAUCGACUUGUAGAUGCAGCAAGAUCAUUAUCAAAAACACCAAACCAAUGAGGAUAUCAAUUAUAGGUCUUGAAGAUGCUAUUCUCAAGCAUCCUAUGAUUAUUCUGGAGAUCAGCUGGUCUAAUCUUCAAUACCUGGGCACAUACAACAAGACCCCAAUCAAUGUUCAUACUAUUCUAGGCAUUGAGACUACCAGCGACUCUUUUAAUGACAUGAAAGAUGCCCGCGAAUAUAUGAAAUGCAUGACGCCUCUGCCACCACGGGUAUUUGCCACCAAGAUUAUUGCCACAAUCUCCACCAAAACCCCAUGUAAUGUCUUGGACUAUUACAAACAAUUAUACACCGUUGAUGCAUAUGCCAUCUAUCGAAUCAAAGUUGAUAAGGCCGAAGUCAUCUAUGAAAAUGGAAGAGCUGAUUUGUUUGAGACCUUAGAUAUGCUCUACAGAGUUAAUGCAUUGCCAGACAUCCCAAAGGAAGUUCAGAGAAACCAUCUUAUUGGCGGCUGCGAGAAGCUUAGUACCAAGUGGCCACUUCAAGAUAAUGUGAACAUUUAUUUAGGCCAUCCAGAUUUAGACAUCUAUCUUGACAACUAUAAGAAGGCCCGUCUAUACUUCUGCCAGAAUAUACGUUACAAAACCAUUAAGAUUGACGGCACCCAAGCACCACAAAAAGACCAAACCACCUUAUGUCUUGACCUCCUGGCCCUUUUCCAGAACAUGGUGGCAGACGAACUCAUAAUCAAGAAUGUACGUACCUGCAUCCAGAUCACGACUAGUUUUGAUAUGAAGACUCUAAAUCUAAAGAAAGAAGCCAUUAAAGAGCCCAAGCACCAAAUCAGUGUCAAGAAAUUAGUAUUAGACACAGUUGAUGAAGAGAUUGUUUACUGGAUAGUAAGACACUACGAAUUUAUUAGCCAAAUAGAGUUACACAUUCUAAACCAGCGCUUUACGGACAUGGGCAUUAUUCAGAUUUUAGCAGAUCCACAAGGCCAAUUUAUUACCUUGCUUAUGAUUAACGGAUUCCAAGGAUUAAAUGAGGUUGUGUAUCAGAACCAACGAGAUAUAAUAGAAGGUUUCUCUGUCUUCAGGUACAUUGAGGAAGCUUCACAAGGAAAUAAAUCCGCAGAAACAACCGGGAUACAUAAGCUGGUUUUACAGCUCAAUACUACAGAAAUCAGCUUGCAUAGUGAGCUUUUACAGGAAUUCAGGCAAUAUGGAAUCGGAUAUCGAAAGACUCUCGACCAACCCAAGUACAUAAGUGAACUAAGUUAUUUUCGCCAAGUCAUUGCGUCAGACGAUCAAAACAUACACAUCGCCAAUCUUAAUUUCGAAAGUAUCAAAACCGAUUUCUUCAGUCUCCAAGCCCAAGUCCCAACUCUUUUUCCACGAUCUAAUCUAGCUUUAAAUCCAAACACCAACACCCAGAGUUUAACCAUAGACUUCAAGCCCGAUUUAUUUCUCACUGAACCCAUCAUAGCAACUAUUCUGCGCUGGGUAUCUUGUCGAUUUGCAGGCCUGCACGAGUUAAUUGUCAGAAACAAUGUUAUAUUCGAAAACAUUCGAUGGCGGUUGCGGGGCCGCGUGCAUCGAUUUCUCGGCCUAGACCCAGAGCUUUGUAUUCGCUUUAUGGGCAAACCAGGACAAGAGGUUGAGUUAUUGGGAUGGCAAUCUCUAAGAGUCAAGUUCAGCUUCUACGCAGACGUCCAUGAUCCCACAGCAGAACUCACUGCCGUAUCGCACACAACCAUCUCUCGAUUGGUUGCACAGGCCAGUUCUCUUCAAGAUACUAUUCCCGCGCACAUGGCCCCCAAAGCAACCCUCAAGAUGCUCAUCAACUCUGUUGAGAUGCGCGAGAACGACCCAUCGCGCAUUGAGUGUUCCAUUUGUUUUCGACAGCUUUAUAUCCCCCAGGACAAAGAGGAAGGCCAACUAUCCAUUGACUUGCAAGAUACAUUUAACCCAGAAAAUCACAUCGAUACAUUCUGCUAUCUCAGAUGCGGGCACUCAUUCUGCUAUAUGUGCAUAUGGGAAUACACUAAGAAAUGCAAUACACCACCAGAACCAACAUGUCCCGUCUGCCGAGCACGUAACGUAUUCCAAGCAGGUCACCAUCUUAUAAGUAUUCCCUUUCACUGUUUCAUCUUUGUCAAUGAUUGCAGCAACGUAUUAACCGGUGCUUACGAAUGGCUCAAAUCUAUCACAUUCGGGGACAAUUAUGUAUAUAUGUACUUUACGUACCCAACUUUCACUGACCUUUGUUCUACCCUCGCCUUUACUCUAUCAAAUGACGCCGACUCUAUGGUCUACCUUGUUUAA